AUGGUGCCAGCCAAACAUAACUCUUCACCGCCUCGAGAUGCACUAUGCCCAUAUCUGCGAAGUGCAGUAGCUUCAUCACUCCUCCAACGUCGAGCUACUUCCCAAAGCGCUGCACAGGCACUUUCGGUACUGUUUUCGGCUCCUGAUGCCCCCAACCCGAACUUUGCCUCGCAAUCAAAUGUUUCAACGGGGCAGGCCCCUUCCUCCUCAAGCUUGGACACUAUUCACACGACUUCAACUCAAACGGCACAAAACCCACCCCAGGCAAUUGAGGGGCCUAUCGUCCAAUCAAGUCCAGAAGCGCAGUUCCCACAUGAAAACUCAAACCCUGGAGCUCAAUAUCCAAUCCCAGCGGUUGCUCCAGCUUUCCAGGGAACACGUGAUCAAGAGGAGGAACAAUCACAACCCAACCCUUUCCUCCAAGACGUCAAUAUGCAUCAGGAACUGGGCACCGAAUUAAUGCCGCUGCAAGGACUAUCGAUGAUCGGGGAUUCUCCCUUGGUUCAUCCCUGUGAUCUUUGUCUUUGGUUUACUGAUUUGGUGCCAAAGCUGCAACCGGAAAUACCUGUUCCUCGAAACUACAGCCAUGCUUCAGGCUCACAAACAACUCCACCAGGAAAUGCGACCAUGACCACAAUUUCUCACUUGCUUUCGGACCGAGACGUGAACAUGUCGGAAAACCCGCCUGCUAAUCCCAGGCCUAUCACUAACAUCCAAACCAAUGACCCUAGCCCUAUCACAAAUAGCAAAAACAUCCACCGCAACAUGGAAGGCACCUCUGACGAUAACGGAACAGCUCGUCCACCCACCUCUGGCGCAACUGAUGCUCCGUUGGACAUUGGAAAUUUUAUGGCUUCGAGCGGGCUUUCAUCGGAACUUACCUCACUUCUUCUGCGUGGCGUCGGAAUAGCCGUGCAGGAAGGGGUGAAACAAGGGGUGAAAGAGGCUAUAGAGACAAUGACGACACCAUCAAAGGCAACGCCAUCGAAGAAAUCACCCAAGAGGUCAGCCUCCCACCGAAACAGUGAACCAAUGACCCAUGACGGAAGUUCUGAAUCUUCCGCUGACGGCAACGAGUUCAUCUCCGCAAGAAAACCAACUGGUGAGAAGACUGAUGAAGAGAAAUCAUUUCAUACCAUCCUGAAGGAUUAUUUGAAGGGAAAGAGCCUCUGGAAUACACAUGCCACUAAGACCGCAGACCGGUGCUUGGUCAACGACUUCGAAAACGACAACAACGACGGUCCCACCCUCGAUGAGCCUGUCUUUGACUGGUCUUCGAAGAUGAGCAGCAUGUGGAACGACCAGCUGCUCUACCAUAUGGCAGUCAACAUCAUUCCGAAAAUCAGAGACACUGAAGAUUUGACCUUCCCAUGCCAAUUCAAGGACAUCGGCUUUGUAAAGCGGGUCCUCAUCACCAAACUCCGUCGCACGCGUUACAAGUACCAGAAUUCGAUUGCUCCAGCUCAUGGAGAUCCUGAAACCACCGAACAAAAGCAAAUAAGGGUUGAAGCUGAAAGGCUGGAUGAAGAAUGGGCAAACCGGCGGCGCACUCGCCGUUUAAACGUGAGCACUCUCGGUAUCUUAUCAUGGGUCGCUUCUCAUCCACUAGUAGCUGCCAUUUACAUCAUGUAA